GUCAUUCAAAUGAUGUUUUUAUUGGUUUUGCUAUUUCUGACGUCUGCCGCUGAAACUGAAUUGCAUGGAGAUAAUGUGUGUACAUUCAAUAAUGGGACACUGCGUUAUAGAACCAUAUAUAAAACGGUCAAAGUUGAAACUAAAGAACCACAUUGCCAUGCAGUUGCAACUUAUGGCUGCGCUAGAUGGGAAUAUUAUAAAAAUGUUUCAAUUCCCGUUAAUGAAACUUACAUGGAGAGCCAUCUUGUUCAGGCUUGCUGUCUGGGUUUCCAGCCGAUCAAUGGAAUUUGUGAAGUGUGUAAACAUGGCACCUUCGGCUGGUUGUGUGAACGCAAGUGUAAUUGUCCUUCGAAUUCAACGUGCUAUCCAAAAGACGGCCAAUGUUCCUGUUUACCGGGGUUAACUGGCAAAAACUGUGACGAAGAGUGUCCCAUGGGACUUUACGGCUCUAACUGUUCGUUCUCCUGCGAUUGUCUAUAUAGUGGGGAUUGCCAUAAAGACACGGGCAAGUGCUUUCCUGGACCGAACCAGGUCAACGAGCACUCACAAGACACUUCGUCUCCGAGAAGAGCUUCUUCUAUCAUAUAUUACAUCGUAAUUGCUGUACCAGCUGGUUUUGGACUCAUCAUCAUUAUUCUAAACAUAGUUCUAGUCUACCGGUGCAGAUUAAGAAAGCAGGUAGCUGAACGGGAUUGCUCACAAAGAGGAACCAGAGAGGACUACGAAACUAUUGACGACCAUUUCCUUUCUAACGAUUAUGUGGACAUGCCGCACACAGGUGAUACUCCAGAGUUUAAGGUGGUCGAUUUCAGGUUUCCAGACGAAACUUACAACGAAAUUCAUCCAGAAAUACAUCAUGUUCCCCAAAAUGGAGAUCAAUACACGGAAGUGACGUGCAUUAUAGAGAAUAGGAAAGAACGAGAGUAUUUGAUUAGUCCUCAAGGAGAUAGAAGUGUCCCAAACAACUACGAUACAAUGUCCCGUUCAUGGGAGAGAAAAACUUCUGAUUCUGAUGAUGUUGACAAAGAAAACGAUUAUAAUCGGCUUGAGAAAGAUUUAAAGUCAUAUGAUACGUUUCAGAGUGUGAAAGAGGCGUCAUCCAUGACGUCACUUCCAGCGUUUUUGGAUGACAAUUAUAGUAAUGUUAACAUUUCAGAGAAAGGUGAAAAUUUGUUAAGUCUAAAGGAAGAAUCUCCUCCAUCAUAAGACGCUGUGGCUAUUCGUCAUGGAAGCUUCUAAAUUUAUAUCAGUAAAAUCGCGAUAUCAUA